UCUGUUAAAUGUGAAACGCUCAAAUAAAGAGGAGAGAAGUAAAGAGAUUCAUCAGUCAGAGCAAAGCAACCACCAUGGGUUGGGUAUAUUCUCAGAUCUCCUUAGUCUGCCUCGUUCUCUGUCUCACAGUCUGUCCAAGCAGGUGCAACAAUGUUAAAGUCUUCAGUGGACAGAACGUCACUCUACCAUGCAAAUAUAACUUAUCUUAUUAUGGGAAAUGUGAGAUAUGUUGGAUGAGGGGAGAUAUUCCAUAUUCUGGUUGUGGUGAUGAAAUUAUUGCCUCGGAUGGAGAUGUAGUGGUGAGGCAAGCAUCACAGAGAUAUCAGCUAAAUGGAGAAUUACACAGAGGAGAUGCAUCUUUGACAAUCCUCAGCACUACUCCGGAAGACUCUGGAAAAUAUGGCUGUCGUGUGCAUGUUCCUGGAUGGUUCAAUGAUGAAAAAGUCAUAGUCAACUUAAUCAUUAUGAAAGAACCUUCAUCAACUGAAGUGAAUUCUUUAAUACCAAGUACCUCAGAACUGGUAACAAUGGAUCCAUUGCACACUGAAUCAACAAAUGAAGUCUCUAGCACAAGGAAUGACUUUAACAACUUUACUCCAGAAAAUGAUAAAACUGUGAAAGAGCGAACAGAUGAUAUUAUUCCUAUAACUCUUAUAUCGAUCCUGCUGGUUAUCCUGGGUUUGGGCACCGUUGUUUUUCUUAUAUGGAAGAAAAAAAGAAGAACCAGGGAAUCUUUAGAAAUCAGAGACCUGAACACAAACGCCUCAGCCAUCUACAACAACGUAGAAGUCAGCCUUGGUCUGAACAGCCGGUCAAUGGUUGUGGAGAACGUCUACCAGUUAGACACAGAGAAUGAAUAUGAACAAUGGUCAAGAUAAUUUAAGGAGCUUACAUCCUAUGCAAAGUGUCAGCUUUGGACUGUUUUUUUAAGGCUUGGGAUAAAAAUAAUUUUAAAAAUGUGAUAAAUGCAUUUUCCUAUACCUAUUAAGACAUUUGUAAAUGUUACAGUUGUAAAUGUGUAAAUGUUGAUGAUUUGUAAAUCUUACAUUGUAAAAGUUUAAAUUAUAAAUACAUUUUCAACUCCAUGAAUCUUUUGAUUCUAUUGAUGCAUUUUGUCAAGUUUGAUUCAUUGCACUUUGUAGGCUAAUGUGCUGGAACUUGUUGUGAUUGAAUGAUAAAACAGUAGGAAAUUCUUUACACGGUCUUAUGCAGAAGUUUAGGCACCCCUUCAUAAAUAACAGAUUUUGG